AUGGGGAGACCAAGGAAACAUCGUCCUGUUGAUGCUAACUCAGGGGCAUCACCCCCCGAGCCAGCUUCUAAGCCAGCACUCCCUUCUAUACCGGCUCCAGCAUCAGCUCCAGAGCUGGGAUCUACACAGGAACCAGGCCAAGCUAAUCCGAAUGAUCUGUCUGUCGCUGCUCCUGUCAUGGUCCCUGAUUUUAAAUUUGACAGUACCAUUGGCAUGGAUCUUGAUGUCACAUUCCUCAAUGUCAGCGAUCCCGACGUCAACUUCCUAUAUCUCAUGGAUCCAAGUUCUCAAGUCCUACCGUCAUUCCAAGGAUUCUCUGACCUGAUCAUGGAGAAUACCCAUAACCAGCAGACCAAACAGCUCCGUAGACGCCCCCCUGGUGGCCCCUUUUGGGCCAUGAGCACUCACCUCGAUGAAAUCAGCUUCGACCCUCCUUCCAACCCUGCCAUGUCAGUCCCAGCACCUGAGUUUACCCCAGAAGAAGCUACUCAACUUUUGACAGUCGACCUCCCCUUGUCAACCCCAGCGCUCUCGACUACAUCGUCUUCAUCCUCUCUAAGCGCCGAACCCUCACCAAUCGCCAACCAACGCCAGCAGCAACAGGUUCCUAGUCCUCAACCCUGUUCCUGUCUCGCCUCCCUUUGUGAUGCUCUCCACGCGCUGCAGUCUCUUCCCAACAACGCCACUUCCGCCAUCCGCGUAGCCCGCAGUGCAGCCAAAAUCGCGCACGACGUAAUCCACUGCCUCGCAUGCGGCGACCCACCUCUCGACACAUCCUCUCUACGCCUGCCAAUUCACGCGCUGCAAAGUAUGAUGAUGCUCGGGGCACUUCUGCCGUCUCUCUCGAAUGCAUACAUGCGGAUUCUGGAAAUGGUGGACGCCGAGGCAGCCGCUGCAGAUGCCGAAAGGCGGCAGCUGGUAUUUUCGUUAAAUGGGUACGGCGGCUUGUGGGGAUGGCUGGCAAAGGAAGGGAUGGCCAGGUGUGAAGGGGGCAUCGAGAGGUUGGGGGGGGCGCCCAUGGAACCGAAGCUCUGGCGAUUGGCGGUUCGCGCGCUGCUGAAGGUGGAUGUAUAUGGCAUUAGCGAGAGCGAUCUGCCUGGGAACUCCGUGUCCGCCGGUCGUGAGGGAAAUAGAGGUGGGUUGAGUGCAUUGCAGCCAGGCCUGAAGGACAUCAUUAAUAUGAUGGAGGAGCGCCAGCGACGAAGACACCAGCGGAUGGAUGAAUUGGUGGCAAAGGGGGUUGUCUCGGAUGCAGUAAAGCAAUGCUACAUCCCUCUGAACUCUGCAUUCGAGAAGCCUACGUGUUUGAAGAUCAUCGACAUCGCAAAGAAGUCGAUAGAAGAGUUGGUCAUCCCGUGA